UGUCCGGGUCGGGACGUCGGAGUCGCUCCUGGGUUCGUCCCGGUGACCCUGCGCCUGGGACAGUGGGCGUGUGAGCUACUGCGGAUGUCCCGUGGGUUCGGCUCGGCCUGGAGCUGCGGCGGACACAGAGAACUACCGGGCUGCUGGAGGUCUGCGCAGGGCCUGGCGCGUCCACGCCCGCCCUGGACGCCCUGGGAGGCCGAGGGGAGAGGGAGUGGCCGGGGCGGGGUGGUGUCUUGGUUGGCUUUCGCCCCCCCGGAACGGUGAGGAUGAUGUCCUUCCUCUCUGGACUCUGGUCAUUGCGAAGAGUGAACCUGUGGACUGGCUUUAUAAGCUCAGGAAGGUGUUUGGGGAUGAGAACUAGCAGCACCAAGGUUGGGGCUGUUGAGCGUGUUGAGAGACGGAGAGAAGAUUUCUGGGCUACUGAAAAGAAGGUACUUUCAGAAUUGGAGAUGUGAAUAAAACUCCUGUGCCAGGGCUUAUAAACCAUCUUGAGGUGCUUCAAAAGCUCUUUAUUGAAGAGUGAUUAGCCGUGAAGUGUUCUGAAUGUAGCCUCUCAAAUAUUAAGGGAUCAUUUCCUGGUAGAAAGCUGCCACCAUUUCUUUAAAAUGACUGUGAUGUUAGAAGAUUGUUACUCUUGGAAGGCUGGUUAACAUUCAUUUCCUAAGAGAAACUUGACCACCAUUUGCUCUGGCAUGGCGCAAAGCAAUCCACAACUUGAUAUUCAGGUUCUCCAUGAUCUUCGACAACGUUUCCCUGAAAUUCCAGAGAGUGUGGUGUCUCAGUGCAUGUUACAGAAUAACAACAAUCUUGAAGCCUGUUGCCGAGCCCUUUCCCAGGAGAGUAGUAAAUACUUAUAUAUGGAAUACCACAGUCCAGAUGACAGUAGGAUGAAUAGAAAUCGCCUUUUGCAUAUUAACCUGGGUAUCCAUUCUCCUAGUAGCUACCACCCAGGAGAUGGAGCUCAACUUAAUGGUGGUCGAACACUGGUCCAUAGUUCAAGUGAUGGACAUAUCGAUCCACAGCAUACAGCAGGUAAACAGCUGAUAUGUUUAGUUCAGGAACCACACUCAGCUCCAGCUGUUGUGGCUGCCACUCCCAACUACAAUCCAUUUUUUAUGAAUGAACAGAACAGAAGUGCAGCUACUCCUUCACAGCCACCUCAACAACCAUCUUCCAUGCAAACAGGAAUGAAUCCGUCUGCUAUGCAAGGGCCUUCACCACCACCACCGCCACCUCCUUCAUACAUGCACAUACCUCGGUAUAGUACAAAUCCAAUUACUGUUACAGUAUCCCAGAACCUCCCUUCUGGACAGACUGUACCAAGAGCUUUACAGAUUCUUCCACAAAUUCCAGGCAAUCUCUAUGGGUCUCCUGGCUCUAUUUAUAUUAGACAGACAUCUCAGAGUUCAUCAGGAAGACAGACUCCUCAGAGUACACCAUGGCAGUCCUCACCACAGGGCCCAGUGCCUCAUUAUAGCCAACGUCCUUUACCUGUUUAUCCACACCAACAGAACUAUCAACCUUCUCAGUAUUCUCCCAAACAACAGCAGAUCCCACAAUCUGCAUACCAUUCACCACCUCCUUCUCAAUGUCCUUCACCCUUCAGCUCUCCACAGCAUCAAGUGCAACCUUCUCAGUUGGGCCACGUCUUUAUGCCACCUAGUCCUUCAACUACUCCACCCCAUCCAUAUCAACAAGGACCUCCUAGCUAUCAGAAACAGGGAAGCCACUCAGUAGCCUAUCUCCCAUACACAACAUCAAGCUUACCCAAAGGUUCCAUGAAGAAGAUAGAAAUUACAGUUGAACCUUCUCAAAGACCUGGGACAGCAAUUACUAGGAGUCCUUCACCCAUCAGUAGUCAACCAUCUCCACGGAAUCAGCACUCACUGUACACAGCUACCACACCACCUUCAAGUUCUCCUUCAAGAGGGAUAUCUACUCAACCAAAACCUCCAUUUAGUGUUAAUCCUGUGUAUAUUACAUAUACACAGCCAACUGGACCUUCAUGCGCUCCUUCACCAUCUCCUCGGGUGAUACCAAACCCAGCUACAGUUUUUAAAAUUACUGUAGGCCGAGCUACAACUGAAAAUCUUUUAAAUUUAGUGGACCAAGAAGAGCGCUCUGCUGCACCAGAACCUAUUCAGCCCAUUUCAGUGAUACCAGGCUCUGGGGGAGAAAAGGGAAGCCACAAAUAUCAGAGGAGUUCUAGUUCUGGAUCAGAUGACUAUGCCUAUACGCAAGCCUUGCUGUUACAUCAGCGAGCAAGGAUGGAGAGGUUAGCAAAGCAACUGAAACUUGAGAAAGAGGAGCUAGAGCACUUGAAGGCUGAAGUUAACGGUAUGGAGCAUGACCUGAUGCAAAGACGGCUCAGAAGAGUCAGCUGCACCACUGCGAUCCCCACGCCUGAGGAAAUGACAAGAUUGAGAAGCAUGAACAGACAACUCCAGAUUAAUGUUGACUGUACACUGAAAGAAGUUGACCUUCUUCAAUCUAGAGGAAACUUUGAUCCAAAAGCCAUGAAUAAUUUUUAUGACCACAUAGAACCUGGCCCAGUUGUACCACCCAAGCCAUCUAAAAAAGACUCUACAGACCCCUGCACAAUUGAGAGAAAAGCCCGAAGAAUUAGUGUGACUUCCAAAGUACAGGCAGACGUCCAUGAUACCCAGACAGCAGCUGUGGAUGAGCAUCUACCUGGCUCUAAACAGAGUCCUCAGACACAGCCUCGAGAUGAAGACUAUGAGGGGGCUCCAUGGAAUUGUGACAGCUGUACCUUUCUCAACCACCCGGCACUAAAUCGCUGCGAGCAGUGCGAGAUGCCACGGUACACUUGAAUUCGGAACAGUCCGCACCAGGCUGAGAGUGAAAUGUUAAGCACCAACAGAAGAAAGGGAACCCGUGGGAAUCUGUUCAUCUGCCCAGCCUUUCAUUUCUGAUUGCACAGUGGGGAGGAGGAAUGGCACUGUGGCCACUGUGCUCAGGAAAGGGAAAAUGGGGAGGUUUCUUUUUUUUCCUUUCUUAACUUCUGUUGCAGAAUGAGAGAGAGAAAGGGAUACUUGAAACUAGGAAAGGAUUCACUCCUGAAAGAAUGUACAUAGAGCAGUCAAGAGCUCUUCUGUGGAAUCCCAGUUGUUAAAGUUACUGCUGAGUAGCCCUUAUUUUAUAAACUAGAACUUUCAAUCAUGGUAAUGUUACAGUUUAUGCAGACAAACUGUGAAUCCCAGAGCAGACUUACCUAGUCGCGGCUCUCUGGAAACCAAGGCUCCCUUAUGCUUCUUCCUGUUGCUUCCUUCUAAAGAGAAGGACAGGAAAAAGCACCCAGAAUAUGAUUUUUUGGGGGGGCGGGGGGGACAGGUAAAAUAAAGGUAUUUGUAAUUGCUGCUUUUUUUCAGGGGUAAUUUCCAACAUACAUAGAUAUACAUAAACAAUAUGUUUUAAAAUGUGAGUUGUAGCAGUCAGGAAUUAGGCAUGUCGUGCCCUUUGUUUGAAAGUACAAUCAGAGGUGAUAAGAUCCCUUUUGCUUGUAUAGUGAUUCAUCAAGCUGUAUCAACACUGGUAACUAAGACUUACUUAUGCCACAUAAGAGAUAUAUUUUUUAAGUUACUGCAUGCUUUUAUUAAGCCAUCAGUUUUAAAAAUAACAAAGUCCUUACAAAGUAUGACUUUAUAAAUGACAUUCUCAUAAAACUGCACUUUGCCAAUAGCACAGUGAAUGUAUGCCAAAUUCAAGUCCAUUCCAAAAUUCAUUUGGAAAUCGAAGUUAGCUGUGGUUCUUAAGAAAUGUUUAUUUCCUCCUUUCGAUUUUGUGAUGGAUUCAUGAUGUUUACAGCACAGAUAGUACUUUGUGCCAUAAUUCUAAUUUAGCUGAGAAAAAAAAUCAAUAUUAGCUGUUCAAUAAAGAUUUGCACAUAUGUUAAUAAACCAAAAUGUGAGGGAAAUUACAGUUGGCCAAUAAAAGUUGCACACUGCAUUAUUUGGGAAGAAAAGGAUAGUCAAGAAAUAAUAAGAGAAAGAAACACAGAGGACUUUGAAACAAAGAACUUUUAAUAUAACUGCAUUCAGAGGUCAUUUGAAUUUGUGCAGGCAGUUCAGCUAACAAAGCACUCCUAUGAAACAGAACUUCAGGGUGUGGAUAACUGAAGAGAUGUAAAAUCAUGUGACUCACUAGGGUGUAUCACUGGAAAAUAGUAGCUCAUUUAAGGUCUCUGCCAUUGUUGAAUUUCUUUCAUAGCUCAGAAUUGUAUUUUGGAAUUUCAUUUUGGUGAACAUAAACAGCAAUAAAGUUGGUAGGUUUUUCCCAUUCUGGAGGAUUUUGAAGUUAUAACCUUAGAAAUAUCCACUUGCUUAUACAGGUGACCCACUGUAUAGACACACAUAUACCAUUCAUGUUGUCAUUGUAUUAUUUAGCAGUAAUCUCUGGCAGACCUGGAUAAAUAAGCUGCUCUUAGUAACAUAAUGAAACCAAAGGCGUAAUAACUCAUCAUAGUUUUCCAUUAAAGUCAUAAUUUCACACUCUGCCUACAGCUUUGAAAACAUUUUUUCAUAUGUGAAAAAUUCCCCAAAAUACAUCUUCUUGUCUUCCAAAGUAAGCAUAGUUAUGUAAUUAUACUGAUAAAACAUCUUUCAUGUAACAACUGUGGCAAAACUGUGAAAAUAAUGGUGAGCAAGCAGAUGGGCUUGAAAGCUGGGUCCUGAAAACAGCAUUCUUUAAAGGCUUUUGAAACACUGAUCUCUGUCAGUCUCUACUAAUAGUCUGGUCGUCUUGCUGUUCUAUAAUAUGCCUUUGCCUUUGUAUGGUUUCAUAUCUCUUCAAUGAUGGUUAACCCCACUUGGUUUUAAGUUACAAUUUAGGGGAAUAAUCUACAUACUGCUUGAUGUUCUAGCUGAAAGGUUUAUCAGUAUUUGUAGUGGUAUGCUGAAGUGGCAGCAAUUGGCAGGUGUCAAUUGAGAACCAAAGUAGCAUCUUUGAAAAGUCUGAUGCUUUAUUAAAACCAUGUAGAUGACUUUAAAACUAUCGCAUGAAAAUACAUCAAGGUUAAUAAGCUGUUAUACAGUAGAUACAUGGUUUCAGUCCUUUGGUGAUAUAUCUAGGGAAUUAUUGUUUUCACCAAUUUGGGGGGUGGGAUAGAAAACAGUAUUUGAUAGGUGUAGAGGGUGGGGUAUGAGACAGCAGAGAUUGAAGGAAGUUUAAGUACACCUUAAUUUGUAAGUUUCAUAUGCCAACAUAGGCUAUAUUCAGUUUUUAAAAUAGGCAAAAUAAUUUGACACUGAUAAAUUUGGUAUGUUUAACUAUGUCCCAUAUGUAUUGCUUCUUUGCCUGUGACCAGUUUAAACAAGAAUUCACCCAACUUUAAAGGUGCCUUUUCAAAAAGGUCUCCUAGCCAGAUUGGUACGCACAGUUGGCACGCGAGUGAUAGGAUAUAAAUUGGAUGAUGCCUGGCUGAUGUGGCUAUGUACUUUGGAUCAGCCGGUGUACUUCUUGUUUCUUGUAGGUGGUUUUUUCUUAAAAUUUGACUAAUUUGACGUAGCUGGUGAAUUAUAGACCUGACUAUACAUUUUAUAUUAUUUCACUGUUUUAUAAACUGGGUUUUUAGAAGCACGUUGGCCAUUCUGUUGCCCAGUUAAAGUACAUUGCCCCCUUAAAAGCGUUUAACGUGGUAAUAGAGGAGCCAGAAACUUUCUAAGUGUAAAGUGUUUUGCUAUUGACCUUGUUUGAGAGAGUAGCAGCAGGGGUUUCAGAGAAACAUGUUGUAAAAAUGUAGUUUUAGAGCAGAUUAAUGAUGAUGGGGAAAGUCUUGUUAAUUUGUGUUUAUUUCCCUGGAAGAAAUGGGAAGUGUGAUAAGCAGUUUAAUUUUUAAGGAGCUGGUCUCAAUUUUAGUACUUUUUAAUUAUUAAAAGAAGUCAAUGUUUCCUUAAGUUUUGUCUUUGCUUUGUCACAGUUUUCUAGGGUUAAUAUCCAAAUUUCUGUGGCAACUCAAUUUUAUAUAGUCUUUUAAAAGGUAAUUGUAAUGUCUGACAGUAUAAACAAAAACAAGAAUAAAAGGCAUAGAAGAAUUGUCCUUCAAAAUAUCAAUGAUGCAUCCUGGAGUGUGACAAUGUCCCUUUAUAGUUAAAAAUUUAAUAUUAUGCCAUCAUUAGACCUGGAGUGAGUCCAUGUUACAGUGUGUCUGUAUACAUGUAGAGAAGGAAAAAUGACAACUGAAAUGUUGCUUUUAAAAAUCAGAAUUGGGCACUGUCUGUGUUGCACCACUACUGUAUCUUUUUGAAAGAAUUAAUAGCAUUUUCCUAUGUAAAAGUUUUCUGAUGACAUUUUCACAUUCACCAGUUUUUUCCUGUAUUAUUUGCAUCCCCAAGUAUUUAAUACAAAUAGAUUUUGCAUGGCUUGGGCAUUCAGAGAUUAAUAGAAUGACUCAAUUUUAAUUUCUAAAGCCAUGAAAAGUUGCUUUAAGACUGAACAAUUCUGAAUUCUUAUUUAUAAUGACACCCAGUGUCUAUGUUUCUUUCCCUACUGUAAAAGAAUUGAUCAGUUUCUUCAUUAAAGCAGCAAGAACUUAAGUCUUGUAAAUAUCAUGUCUCUCUUAAAUUUCCAUGUAUGCUGUGAAUGAAGUUAUUUUGAGAUGAGAUUGUACAAAGGCAUUUUAAAAGGCUAUGCAUGCAUCGUACCUCCAAAUAGUACAUAUUCGGAAAAUCAAAGGUUCCUGCAAAAUAAAUUAAUAAACUAAAAGCAAACACUA